GGGGCGGGGGAGGCCCCAUUGGGGCGAUCCGCGCGGAGUUUCCCUCCUGGCGCGGCGGCCUGGGCGCGGAGCCGCUCGUCCUUGGGAAGCGCCGCGGUGCUCGGCCCCGCCACCUGCUGCGGGACACGGCGACGCUUGGCCGCUGCCCGUCUGGUUUCCUGAUCCCCUUUUUUCCCUUUCUUAGGCACGGCUUUGCUCUUCUGGGAAUACCAGGAAGGACUCUCAUCAAUGCCCUCAGAACAUGUCUAAUUGGACAAGUCUCUGGUACAUCUGGUUAAUCUUGCUGACUGUGUUCAUGCUCCUGCUCUGUGGGAUCACAGCAAGCUGCAAGAAGUUCUGCUGCAGGAAGAAGAGGCCUCCAGUCCAGCCCUUCCCUCGGCACCCCUACGAUCUGACUGUGGUUGCUAUUGACAGUGACAGCACGGCCCACAGCACAGUGACCUCAUACAGCUCAUUCCAGUACCCUCCAAGUGUCCCUAUCCCUUCAAUAUUUGUGGGUAUGGAUAGGAGCACUGUGUCUCCUCCAGCUUACAGUCCCUAUGCAAUGGAUUUGCCACCUUCUUAUGAUGAAGCUGUCCAAAUGGGCAAACAACACAUUGAAGUAGCACUGGUAAGCCAGAAACUCAGUGACAUCCCCGGGCAGGUGAUGCCAGGUGGGCAGAAUCCCGUCCAGAAUUCACCUGACAUAAUCAACAGAGAUCCAGCAACACAGCCAGAUUCAGAAGAUGCCACACAAGAACAGCCUCGGCUCUAGCUCAUUUUGGAUGGGGAGUAAAGAAACGGAAGGACUAUGAAAGUUAAAGAGGACAUGAAGAAUUGGGUUUUGUAAGACAAAGUCAUGAUAGAAAGAUGAUUCUCCUAACAGAUCGUGAUAAAGGACAGCAGUUUAAAAGUGCCUAUAAAGGUGGGACAUGGAUGCUUCUUCACCUCCUGUUUAAGAAAAAUAGCUCCCUGUGCCCAGCAGGGGACCAGGGGGACACUGCCACCUUGGAAACACACAGUCAGAUGGCACAAAAAGCAAGCUGUUGUUGUUCCUGAACAGAGCUUUCCCAAACUGGAGCUGAAAGUAGAAUCCUAUAAACUCAUGCCAGAGAGUCAGUGAUACUCCGUCUCUCUCCAGUUUCUUUUAUUUUGAGAACUUUAACUGCUCAGCAGACUGCUGGGGUGCUAAAUUUGUCACUACAUAAUGACACGUGUUCCUUAAACUGAAGAAUGAUAGCAAACAAGGAUAGGAAAGUGUUUGGAGGAAAACGCGUUACCUUAUGUUUCACAACUACAGACAAGGAAUGGAACAGAUAAGAGAGAUUAUUUUUGUUGGUCAUAAGACUUGAAGGGAAUUAUUUUUGAGUUUUUUUUUUUUUCUUUAAAUCUAUUUUCAAGACGAGCCGGCUUGUGUGUGGGAUCCUUUUGCUACUUACUUCUGCCACUUGAAGUACGAAUUAGUCUCAAAGAGAUUUCCAUUCUUGAUUGAGUAUAAGUAAUGUGUUUCAAUAUUCAUGUUCUUUGCUGAUUGAGCACGGUGGGUUUGAAAAAACAGCAUGAAUUGGAAAAUAUCAAUUGUUUUAGAUGCAGAAUGUAUACAAUAAUUGGCUGUUUCAGAAGAACAUGACACUACCAUCAUCAGAACCUACGUGACAUCUCACCUGGAGGGAUUAUCAGUGUGAACUUGACAAGCACUUCACAACAUAGUAGUUUUUUCUUAUUUUUAAAGGCUGAAGUAAAUAAGAAGAUAACCCACAUAGCAUCAGUUUAAGGUGUGUGGAAAAACUGUGUUACCUAAUCAGUUGUAACUGACCACAAAGAGCUAAUUAUAUUGCCUGCCAGUUAUUGAGUUCAUAAUCAUUUUCUGCAGUGUGAAUUUCUCCCAAGUACAAUGAUUCUUUCCAUCCUGUAACAUUUGCUUGCAUUAAACAGGAAAAUUCUGGAGAAUUUCAAAGCAGCCUUGCAAACAUGAGAUACUUCUUGUCAACCUCUAGUGUAUAAAAAACAAGAUUUAACGCAAUGGCCUACACAGUCAAUUUUUUAUAUGUUAUGUUUGUAUCUGUCUUUCUGAUUGUACCACAGAAGAGGGGUAAUUCCUCUCCUGACUCAUUAUAUGCACACUAACAAACAUGUUUUGAAAGCUUAAUGUAAGAAAUGCAGCACGGUGUCUAAUGUACUGUAUUAAGUUAAUUAUAGCAAUGAGGAAACCCAGGACACUACUAAAGACUCAGCAGAUAUGAAAUUAGAGAGAGAGAGAGACUAUGAGGAAAAUGUCAAAACCAAAAUCUUGUAUGUAAAACAAUAAAUGUAAUUAAUUUUUAACAGAGAUUACAUUUCUGUCUCACAAAGAACUUCAGCAAAUUUUGCCUAGCUUGCAGGUAGCCAACAUGUCAUCUCUCUUAUUUCUUGUGCUCUGUACUGUCUGUCCAGGUGGUAAAUAUACGUAUGGAUUCCUCAGUCUUUCCAUUUUUUGUUUCUUACCGCAGCGAUCAGUGGGCUAAAGCACUGAACUCUCUAACACUGCUAGAGAGCCAAGGCAGAGUGCUCACUCGUUAAUAGAGACAAUAUAAAAUCAGAUGCAUGAAAAAACAGCGACUGACACAAGAGGGCAGUCCUUCACUUUUCAGUGUAUUGCACUGUAUGAUCACUGGGAACAGCUCUGUAGAGAAGAUCUCUUGCUACUGCCAAGAGGGCAGUUCUGAGGCUGGGCUCUGAGCAGCUCUGCAGAGGUUACUUUGCAGUGCAAGUGAGUUUGCUUGAGGGAAAAAAAAGGGGAAUAAAAUCACAAGAGUUUGACUUCCCUUCUCUGCAUGUUUUUGCUUUUACGAAGCUUCUGUCAUGUGAGUUCUCAGAAGUUCCUGACAGACUACCUACCAAAAUGCAAGGAGACCUGUUCCCCUUGCUUAUAGGGAACAACAGUUCUAAUUGUUAGACCCAGUAUCAAAACACUAAAUACCCACAGAGGGCUCUUUUGCCCUCUUCUGUUGCCAGUCUAGGCUGGAGAGAUUUGCCCUGCAAUUACCUGUCUCUCAUCUCCUUUUUUGUAUACUUUCAGAAGCUAUUAUCCAGAUAAAAAGAAACCUGAACCUGCCUCUUUACAAAAGUACAGAGUGGGAAAGAGAGAGAGUAAUAUCACAGGAACCAAAUUUCUAUUUCUCUAUGUAGCAAGCCAGCGUCGUUAGACACAACAGCAAAUAAGCACUUAAGUUUUCCUCCUGUGUUCCUAGGAAGAAGGGCAUAAUCCAGCGUUUUCUGACUAAUGCCUAUGAAAAAAUUUGUGCCUUGCCCAGGCUUUUGCCUUCCAACAUGGUUCAUUAAUUCAAAAUAAACUAUUUCUCUGACCUAAUCAACACACAAGAACAUAGGAUUUUCUUUAAACAUUUACUAUUUAAAGAUUAAAAGCAGCUCAGUCUGCUCCUCAUGUUUUCAGUAGUGAUGUCUCAGCCCUUUAUCUGACUUCCUACAGACUAUAUCUCUCUAGACAUAAAGAUCAUGAAUAAGGGUAAGGCAGAGAAAGAUCAUUUCUUGUUACUGGCUACAAAAAUAGGUUUGAGAGAGAGAUUCUAUUCAACCUGUAUUUCUGCAAUACAACUGGAAAAGGAUAGUAAGAGUCUUAGCCGUGAUGAGUGGUAAGUUAAAACGAACUUCUUAACUUUGAUUAGUGUUUUAAAACUCACUAACUAAAUCUGAGAGUUCAGAAUUGAGAUUACUGUUCUUUUUUUCUACUGCUGUUUUCCCACAGAUUUCUCUUUUGCCUUUUUCUGUGUGUUCUUUCUAGCUCUGUUUAUCUCUCUGUGUGAGAUCUGACUUCGUGAUCCUAGAAAGCUUUGUUGAUGGUUGACGCCACUUAGUGACUCUCAGUCAGGAUACUUUCAAAAGCUCCCAGCCUAGAUAGGCAUGGUGUUCUUUGUUUCUACCCUACUGAGUCUGUGAAGGGGAUCAGAAGGAUAGGACUGUUCUUUAACUGUUCUUAUGUAUGCUGACUGGGUCCCUGGUUUUGUCAGUGAAAGCGCUUUUUGCUUCUAUAAUUGCAUUCUGCGUUACUUGAAAAAAAUAAAAUUCAACUGCAGAAAAAGA